CACAGCGGUGGUGACAGAGAAAAUUUAAAGGAUACUUCAUUUACCAAGCAAUUUUGUGUGGAGAAAUAGGUUUCCAGCCAACACUCCACAUUGUUCAUGAUGUGCCUGGCCAGAGAAGAAUUACUUCUUUAAAUCUUUGAGGAGAGUCACUCAGCUGGAUUUAUCAUGUCAGUGAAGCUCCCUAACAGGCUGAGCAGCAAAAAGAAAAAACCUCCUAAGAACAAUUCCCAGGCAGAGGUCCUAAAUAAACUGGGAUUAGAGGCCUUCUGGACUACACCACUGGACCCAGCAUCUAUGCUGGACAUCAGCACUUGGACUCUGGAGAAGCAAACCCCUCUAGAGCCCAAGGAUCUACCAAAUGCUUUCCUUCAACGCCUUUGGCUGCUUAGCCCAGAUGCCCGGAGUCCUUGUUGCAAACCUCUGCAAGAUGUUCUGAAUAACGGCAACAAAUCCCCUGAGGAGAUGAUCGAUGGUAUUGGCGGAGAAAGCCAGAGUGCCAUCAACCCCCUUGAUCUAGUUACAGCUGUCUUUAUGUCCGCCAACACUUUCCUUCAGCAGGAGAUGACUGUGCGCAUGUUGCAAUGCCAAUUUGCUGUGCCUCUGGUCCUUCCAAAUAUAGAUCCAGAAGAGCCCAGUCGCUUCCUUCUUUGGCCUUUGAGAGGGGCUGUUGGCCAAUGGAGGUCUCACUUUCCAGAUAAUAACAGGAAGGUCCACGAGGGGGAUUUAGCAAGUACAUACAUGCCAGUGGUUUCUUGUGUGAAGCUUGGUCACAGUGGUGUCUCUAAGUCACAGGUGCUAAACAAUGUUAUAAGUGGACUCAGAUCUCCCCAUGACACAUUCCUCCACAGGGGAAUGGAUGGAGGACAGCUGCCCCGAAGACUCUGCAAUGGCCUGGUGGAGAUUGGAUGGUAUCUACCCACAGCGGACACUACAAGAGAUAUCUUUCCUAUCCCUGUAGUCAUCUCUAACCUCCGUGGUGAUGCCAGUACACAGGAGAAAUGCCUCAGCCUCUUAUGUCAAUCGUCUUCAGCUGUGGUUGUGUUCUGUGGGAAUCUUAGGGAGAAAGAAAAACAACUCCUUGCCUCCUGCAAAGAUACGGUAUGUGUUGGCGAGGUUCAACGAGAGGUUUGCAAAGGAGUACGAGCAGGAACCAGCAGAGGUUCCAGAGGAGUGGGAGAAGAUCACUAAGGAGCAGGCAUUGUACAGUCUGAGGAAGGGCUUCCUCUGUGGACAAUACAAAUAAUAGGACUGCCCUGUGCUGUAAUGCUGUCUUUAUCAUAAUGCAUGUGACAUUUUAUUGAUCAAAUAUUUAUCUCGUUUAGAAGUAUUUUAUCUAUUAAGGAUGUUAAUACUCAUUCAAAACACUGAUAAUGACAACUGAUUUGUUUUCAUUUAUUUCUUUUUGUUUUCAUCCUUUCCUUAAAUGAUCUGAAGACAGCGUGAAUAAUUCUUCGGUCUUACCAUGCAUUCAAAGCCAACCAAUGACAAAAACCUGUGAUAUUAAAAUUAAAAUAAAUGUUUUUCCUUUAAAAACUUGGUACCUUAGAAAGGAAUAUGAAUGCACUGGGAUUUAGAGAAGGGCAGAAAUGUAGAAUACAUCGUCACAUCAUGCAACAAUAAAUCGUCUCAUCUUUUUCUCCUAAUAUAUUUUAAAGUAUGCCAAAUUAACUUGUUCUGUGUUUUGAAAUGAUCAACUAGAGUCCAUCCAUAACCGUUAGCCUUUUGUUACAGAUGUAGAUGUUACGCAAUUUAAGUGAAAGAAAUAUAAUAAAAAAUUUAAGUGAAUGACAAAGAACAGAAACUAAUCUUUGAAGUAUCUGUAUGAACAAACAUGCUCUGCUACACCUUGCUAUUUACUACCAAUCCAUUAAUCCAUCUAUUUAUCUGUCAAACUAUUCUACUUGUAUAUUUUUAAUCAAUAAUUGUUUGAUGUUAUUAACAAUUUGAACAGCUACUUAGUCUGUCACAUGUUUAACAGCAAAAUAAAGUACUAAUAUUGUCAUUUCUUUGCGUUCUAUCUAUUGUAUUCUUCCA